GAUAAUUUCACCGGCGUUGAGUUACAAUCGUAGAUAAUUUCGGUUAAAGUUCACCACUGUGAACCAUUGUUAGGCUUGUAACUUUUAUGAACGUGAUUGGAUUAUUGUUAUAUGGCAAUACAACCUUGCGGCUCUUGACCUGAGUUCAAUGUUCAAUCAAGAUUUAUGUGGAAAUAGUCAAAAUCAUGGAGCCUCCUAGAUGCAAAACCUUAGUCAUGGUAAUCUCAAAAAAAGCGAGGAAAGAAUGUGCGAGUGUCAUGAGUUGAGGACCAAAAAUGCACAGGUCUCAUAAUAAGAUAGAAAGAAUGUGUUAAUUUGCGAGCUGAUAUCAAAGGGUUGAAUCUGAUGGUGGGAAGUUUGACCAAGGCUUUUCCCUAUAUAUACAGCAACCCCCUGGCUCUGCUCUCUUUCAUAACCAUCAAUCACACAAGUCUCAACAUUAAAAGCCUUUACAAACUCAAACCAAAACUCAAAAUGCAAUUCUACCUCCCAGCAAUUGUUGCUCUUCUCGCCGGCAGUGCCGCUGCGCAAAUUCCUCUUACGACAUGCCCUUUCAACGGAGGACGCAUUCCGUUCGGUCGGUAUGUCUGUACAGGCAGGGCAAUUGUAAGUUCUAUAUAACACCACGAUUUUGCUCCUCUCGAAAUGACACGAAACACUAACGGAAAUAAGUCACAAUGCGCAGUAACCGGGCAGCUUGUAACAAUUGGUGCAUGCCCCAAUUCUUGCCAAUACAUCCAAGGAAUUCCUUACUGCUUUUAAGGUACGAGUUUAUGCUUUUCCUACUAUUGUACUAUCUUUGCUAAUUGUUUUGCAGGUUCCAAUCGGUUGGGCGUGAUCAUCGAUAUGCUUCGUGGUCUGAAUGUGACAAGCCGCCCACUGGUACAGCGGAGACAGGGUUGAUUUUUUCUUUCUUUCUCGACUUGGGGGUACAUUUCGUCCGGUAUGACAGGAACAGAAUGGUACUGCCAAUGAAUGGGUUACUUUGAUGGAUUUGCAUUGAAGUUUUAGGAAGAUCUUUAAAGG